UUGGCCAGGCAAGACUGGUAGUCACGGUUCUAGCAGGAAAGGGCAUGCUGGGUGGCCCAUACCUCCUGGGAGCACCUUAGGUUUUUCCCGACAGUAUAUUUUAUGCAUGGAUUGAAGAAAUCAAAAUGACUGAGGAUAAAGAAGGAAAGCAUGGAGGACACAAGAAUGGGAGGAGAGGAGGAAUUUCCGGAGGCUCCUUCUUCACGUGGUUCAUGGUCAUUGCCUUGCUGGGCGUCUGGACGUCUGUGGCUGUUGUGUGGUUUGACCUUGUUGAUUAUGAGGAAGUUCUAGGAAAACUAGGAGUCUAUGAUGCAGAUGGUGAUGGAGACUUUGAUGUGGAUGACGCCAAAGUUUUAUUAGGACUUAAAGAAAGAUCUACUUCGGAGAGGUCAUUCCCAGCAGAGGAGGCCAAGCCACCGGCUGAGCUGGAGGAGCAGGCUUCUGACUUUGGGACAGAAGUCCAGAAUGUUGAAGAUGAAGUAAAAGAACAAAUUCAGUCCCUUCACCAGGAAUCAGCACACACAGAAUAUGACUUGAAGCUGGAAGCAGAUGGGCCAGCAGAACCACAGCCAGAGAUGGAGGACUUCCUCACAGUAACUGCCGGAGAUGACAGAUUUGAGGUCCUGGAACCUGAGGCAGUUCAUGAAGAAAUUGAGGAUAAUUACCAUAUGGAAGAGACAGCAUCACAGGACCAUCCAAAUGAUAUGGAAGAGAUGAUGAGUGAGCAGGAAAGCUCAGAUCCCAGUGAAGCAGUAACAGAUGCUGAUGAGCCACAGCAGGAUGCAGAGGAAGUAACACACAAAGACUAUGAUGAACCAGUACACGAACAUUCAGAAAAGGAAGGGACAGCGAUUUCAGAUAAUGCUGUAGAAGAUUCCAGCAUAAUUUCAGAAGAAGUAAAUGUCCCCUCUGUGGAAGAACAGCAAGACACUCCACCAGAUACUUAAGGCUUCAAAGACUGCCCCUGCUACUACAGGAGGACCAUGCUAACCAUACGCUCCAAAAGAUGGCUGUGCUAGAUCUCGUGACAUAGUUACUGGCGAUCGAGAUCUUUGGGAAUGAAUACUAAUGAUGUUUAGAGUGAAUUACAGUCCACUGGCAUUUUAGUGUAUUCUUUUUUUCUUUUAACAACAUACUACUUUACAUUCCUGCAUGUCCUCAUUGAGAACACCUGUGGCUCUGUUGGGUUUCUUUUUCUUUUGUGGUACAGCUUUUGUUUUCCUACAUUUAAGUGUAUUUUUCAGAGAAGACUUGAUGAUUACAUUGUAGCAAAAAUUGUCAUGACAGGGUUUUAAUGUAUUAUUAAUAAUUAGUAUUAACUGUGUUGAACUGACUUGUAUGAACACUGUUAAUCAGGAUUUAAAAGCCAUUGUGAGUGCCUCAUCUUAGUGCUCUGAAUACUGUAAUAGAGGUUCUAGGGUGCUGAGAAGGUGUGAGUCCUAUCUAUGCACUGAUGUUUUUAUCAGGGUUGUUGACAUUAGGUUCAAGUGGUCAGGUUACAGCACUGGCUUUGAAAUUUUUGUAGUUUUUAGUGAUUUAUUUGAAAAUUUAGCAUUUUGGUUCAAGAUGCAAGUGAUCACUAACAUACUUUUCAAUUGAGGGGAGAAUUAAACUCCUUGUGGGGACACAAGGUAAACAGUAGCUUGGGAAGUAUACAUGUCCUUACACUUUAGCAUGUUAGAUCAGUCAUAUAACAACAUUAGUCCAGUCAGUAUUUAUUUAUAUUUUAGAAAACUUAUAUAAAUUACUGAUGCAUAGCUUAACGACUGCCCUGGGUUGCUCCCAGUCAGUGUCUUCUCCAACCUGGUGUCUACUCAGGGCUUUCACUAGGUGAAGCCCAUGGUUCCUCAGGUUGAGAGGAUUCAGGGCAUAUGAGAAGUAGUCACUGAGACCAAUGUCUGCUGCUGGGUACACGAGUGAGCCUCCUCCUUUAUACACUGACAAUUUUAUCAUAACUUUAGUGAGCUUUGUUUGCAGCUCAGAAAUAGUGCAAUGAUGAAAAAUUGAUUUGUUAGAAAGAAGGCAGCUAGUACAAAUAUGGUUUGGGCAGAGCCACCAGCCAUUUACAAAAAGCCAUGAAGUUGUUUCAUUUGUAGGCCAGAGUAGCUCUUAUUUAUGUUAACACUUUUAAGAUAGAAUGAUUUUUUUCCCUUCCUCCAGGAUAGAAAGCAGAAUAAAUUUUGUCAUUGUACAUUGUAGUCACACUGUACUGACUUCCGCAUGCUGGGUUAGUGUAUAAUGAAUGACACCUCAGAUAAAUCAAUAAGCAAUAAUUUUUUUAAGGCUGUGACAUGGAUGUUAUAGAGUUAAAACUUGAAUUAUAAUAAACCUCUUAAUAUUGCAACUUACAGAAAACUACUUUUUAUAAAGCCAUAUUUUUUUAGGGCAACUUAGGAGUGACAUAUUAUUGACGAAUGGCUGAAAUAAAUUCCACUGCGCUUUUGUAUAUAAUCAUUUCCAGAACUCUGGGAAGUAAGGGUUCAUUGUAGCCAACUUCAAGUACUUUUAUUUGAUAAAACAAAUAUGUGAAUUAAUGAGCCUUGUCUUUACAAAUAUGUGCCAUGCUGGGCAACAGGGGUGGGCUCUCUAAAAAUAAUGUGUCUUUUGUGCAAUGUUGCUUAAGAGCAAUAAAAUGUAGAUGAAUUCUUC